CACUCCACUCCAUCUCCCACACUCCACAGUGUCAAAUUCUCACGGCUUAGUUUUAGCUCCAAUGACUGUGAAGGUUUUCGUAGUAAACAACUUCCCUCUUCAUUUCAUGUCCGAGUUUUUAUUAUCUAUUAAUGAAUUUCGACGAAUUUCUCGUUCUUGAUUUUAUUUUACCAAAACCCUUUUCUUCUCUGGAAGUGAAUCCUCUUCAUUGUUACAGAAAUUACAGAGCUUUUUUGGUUGGAAGGUUGCAGUCAAACACAAACCCUAGAAAACGACACCAAAUCCGUGAACAAUCUCUGUCUUUCUUAUAUUUUUGUUUCUUUUCGUUUACAAUAUAUUAACGUAUAAUUCUGUCUACAAUUCUUUACCUUUACUCGAACUCACGGAUUUGGUUAAAUUGUAAUUUUUGUUUCUAUUUGGAUUUCUAUCUGAGAGCCAAACUCUAACCGAUUCUUUAUUUUUAUUUAUUUUUGUCUAUAAAUAAAGCUCAAAUUUCUUCUAAACAUUCUCACUUGCACACACCCAGAAAAAUGGAGAAUUAUUUUAAUUCUUUCAAGUUGUUCUUGAUUUUAAUAUCAAUGUUUUCUUGUACUGUUUUUGUUGUUGGAAAAGAAUGUACAAAUGUUCCUACUCAACUAUCUUCACAUACUUUGAGAUAUCAGCUAUUAUCUUCAAAGAAUGAAUCAUGGAGAGAAGAAAUGUUUUCUCAUUAUCAUUUAACACCAACUGAUGAUUCUGCAUGGUCUAAUUUAUUUCCUAGAAAAAUUCUAAAAGAAGAAGAAAAAAUGAAUUGGGAAAUGAUGUAUAGGAGUUUGAAAGGUCCUGAUGGUUUUAAGAAGGGAAACAAUUUCCUCAAAGAAGUUUCAUUACAUGAUGUGAGAUUGAACUCACAUUCGUUUCAUUUUCGAGCGCAACAAACGAAUUUAGAGUAUUUGUUGAUGUUGGAUGUGGAUAGUUUGGUAUGGAGUUUUAGGAAAACUGCAAACUUGUCUACUCCUGGAAAACCGUAUGGAGGAUGGGAGGAUCCAACUGUUGAACUUCGAGGUCAUUUUGUUGGGCAUUACUUAAGCGCUUCUGCGCAAAUGUGGGCUAGUACUCACAACGAUACCCUCCAUGAGAAAAUGUCUGUUGUGGUAUCUGCACUGGAAGAUUGUCAGAAAGAGAUGGGCACGGGGUAUCUCUCUGCAUUUCCAUCUGAGUUAUUUGAUCGAUUUGAAUCGAUAAAGCCCGUGUGGGCACCAUAUUACACCAUUCACAAGAUCUUGGCUGGACUUUUGGAUCAAUAUACAUUGGCCAACAACAACGAAGCAUUGAGAAUGAUGAUUUGGAUGGUUGAGUAUUUCAGCAACAGAGUGCAGAACGUUAUAGCGAAGUACAGUAUUGAAAGGCACUGGAAAUCACUCAAUGAGGAAACUGGUGGCAUGAAUGAUGUCCUUUAUAACCUCUACAGUAUCACGGGAGAUCAGAAGCAUUUAGUAUUAGCGCACCUCUUUGACAAACCAUGUUUUCUAGGUUUGCUCGCAGUGCAGGCUGAUAGCCUUUCUGGUUUCCAUGCCAAUACACAUAUCCCUAUUGUCAUUGGAGCUCAGAUGCGAUAUGAGGUUACUGGUGAUCCACUUUAUAAGGCUAUUGGAACAUAUUUUAUGGAAGUUGUUAAUUCCUCUCAUACCUAUGCAACAGGAGGAACGUCAGUGGAUGAGUUUUGGUCUGACCCAAAACGCUUGGCAAGCAGUCUAAAGAGAGAGAACGAAGAAUCGUGUACUACAUACAACAUGCUAAAGGUCUCUCGCAAUUUAUUCAGAUGGACCAAAGAAGUGGCAUAUGCAGAUUAUUAUGAGCGAGCCCUAACAAAUGGGGUGCUCAGUAUUCAGAGAGGAACCGACCCUGGAGUUAUGAUCUACAUGCUUCCCCUUGGUCAUGGGGAAUCCAAAGCCCGAAGCUAUCAUGGCUGGGGAACGAAGUUCCAAUCAUUCUGGUGUUGUUAUGGAACAGGAAUAGAAUCUUUCUCAAAAUUAGGAGAUUCUAUUUACUUUGAAGAGGAGGGAGAUAUUCCUGGUCUUUAUGUUAUACAGUACGUAGCAAGCUCACUCAAAUGGAAAUCUGGAGGGUUUGUGCUGAAUCAAAAAGUAGAACCCGUUGCUUCAUGGGAUCCUUAUCUUAAAGUGACAUUCACAUUCUCUGCUAUCGAGCAGAAGGCUGGUCUGUUAUCAACUUUGAACCUGCGCUUACCAUCUUGGACGUAUUCAAAAGGCUUAAAGGCAACAUUGAACACCGAUGAUUUGCCUUUACCAGCUCUAGGGAAUUUUCUAUCAAUCAGUAGAAAAUGGGGGCCUGAUGAUAAACUAAUUCUUCAAAUGCCGAUGGGUCUUAGAACAGAGGCAGUGCAAGAUGACCGACCAGAAUAUGCUUCUGUACAGGCAAUUCUUUAUGGCCCAUACCUCCUUGCUGGUCUCACAAGUGGUGACUGGGAAAUCAAGAGAGGAAGAAGGAACUCUCUUUCUGAUUGGAUAACUCCAGUUCCCAGUACCUACAGUUCUCAACUGGUCUCUGUUUCUCAAGCUUCCGAAGGAAAAGAAUUCGUUCUUACAAAUUCGAAUAACUCACUUACAAUGGAGAAACUGCCAGAAUCAGGAACAGAUUUAUCCCUGCAUGCUACUUUCAGACUCAUCUCCAAGGAAGUGAACUCCUCUCAUUUAUCAUCAUUCACUGAUUACAUUGGAAAAUCUGUAAUGUUAGAACCAAUUGAUCUUCCAGGAAUGCUAGUUGUGCACAAUGGACCAGAUAACAAUUUAGGCUUGACAAAUGCCGAGGUGGCUUCUGAAGAGGAUAACAAAUCUUCCCUGUUUCGAGUUGUGGAAGGAUUGGAUUUGAAGGACGGAACAGUAUCUUUAGAAUCUGAGCGUCAGAAAGGAUGUUUUAUAUUCAGUGGUGCGACUCUUGGUGAAGGUACGAAGGUUCAGCUAAAAUGUGAAUCGGCUUCAAAGGAUUCGAAUUUCAUUGAGGCGGCGAGUUUUUCAUUCAGAGAAGGUUUUGGUGAAUAUCACCCUAUCAGUUUCAUCGCGAAAGGUGCGAAUAGGAAUUUCUUGAUGAUGCCAUUGUUGAGCUUAAGAGAUGAAGCGUACAGUGUGUAUUUCAACUUUCGUUGUUGUAUUUAGAUUUAUGUUAAUCUGGAGGGUCUUGAAUCCCUGGUUUGUAGUCUUUACCGUUCAAAGUUGGUAAAAUAAGCCUUUUGUCGUUC